AUGAGGACAACCACUGUACCAACGGGGACAACCACCUUUACCAACGAGGACAACCACUACACCGACAAAAGUAGUAGCAGCAGCAAAUGCAUCUUUGCUAUUCUUAUCUCCACGGAAGAAAUUGAUGUGAGCAAUAAGAUCAUAUCAGAACCGCAAGUAAUCUGGUCUGCCAACCGAGACAACCCGGUCAAAAUCAAUGCCACACUGGAACUCACACAAGAUGGAGAUUUGGUCCUGGCAGACGUAGAUGGAACCUUGGUAUGGUCAACAAACACAAGUGGGAAAUAUGCUUCAGGCUUAAACUUAACAGAAAUGGGAAACCUUGUGCUUUUUGAUACGAGUAAUACAACGGUUUGGCAGUCAUUCGAUCACCCUACAGACUCGUUAGUUUUCGGGCAGACGCUGAAUCCCAGACAGAAGCUGACAGCUAGCAUAUCAACCUAUAAUUCCAGCCGAGGUAUGUAUUCAUUUGCAGCUGCCAAAAGACGUUUGAUUGCUUACAUAGAGUCCAACCCACCGCAGGUUUAUGCAUGGGGAGGAUCAAGUUGGGGACAAGAGCAAGAUCUCCUGACAAACAAUUUAUUCGGUGACUGCGGGUACCCUAUGGUGUGUGGAAAAUACGGCAUUUGUUCAGAUGGGCAGUGCAGUUGUUCUCAACAAACCGAUUUCUCGCAAAUUAAUUUUAGACAACCCAAUCUCGGAUGUUCCCUUAACAUACCUAUUUCUUGUGACUUUUCUCAAUAUCAUAAGCUUGUGGAGCUUAAGGAUAUUGAUUACUUUGUUUAUAGAUCAGACCUGAGGGAUGAGAUGAUGGAGCUAGAGGAUUGUAUGAAUACAUGCUUGAAAAACUGUACCUGUAAAGCUGCUGUUUUUGCAUAUAAUUCGGAUCCUCUACGGGGAGGUUGCCUGUUACUAUCUGAAGUCGUUUCUCUUAUAAACAUUCAAUCUUCAUUCCAUCUGCGUAAUUCCUCAAUGUUUGUUAAAGUGCAGACGAGUUCAUCAGGUAGUCUUCUUGCAAAAAAAUCAAGGGGAACCCCAUCAUUCAUACUGGGAGCUAGUCUCGGAGCUUUCAUUGGUGUGUUACUUAUGAUGGGGGCUUGCUUUUUCCUUGUAAGAAGGAUUACUACAUCCAAGGAGGUUGAGGAGGAUUAUUUGGACCAAGUACCAGGGAUGCCCACAAGAUUUGCAUACAAAAACUUGAAAGAUGUGACUGAAAACUUCAACAAAAAACUUGGGGAAGGAGGAUUCGGAUCGGUCUUUGAGUGGACUCUGAGCAAUGGCACCAAAGUAGCAGUGAAGCAUCUCAGUGCAUUGGGUCAAGUAAAGAAGUCAUUCUUAGCUGAAAUUGAGACAAUAGGUAGCAUUCACCAUGUCAACUUGGUGAGACUGAUUGGAUUUUGUGCUGAAAAGUCGUAUAGGCUUCUAGUUCAUGAGUACAUGUGUAAUGGAUCUUUGGAUAGAUGGAUUUUCAGAAGAAACCAAGAGGAUGCUCUAGGAUGGCAAUCAAGAAGGAAGAUCAUCUUAGACAUAGCCAAAGGAUUAGCCUAUCUCCACGAAGACUGUAGACAGAAGAUAUUUCACUUGGACAUCAAACCUCAAAACAUCCUAUUAGAUGAAAAUUUCAAUGCAAAAGUUUCUGAUUUUGGAUUGUCGAAAUUAAUUGACAAGGACCAAAGCCAAGUUGUCACAACAUUGAGAGGAACUCUAGGCUAUAUGGCACCUGAAUGGUUGGGCUCAAUUAUAACAGAGAAAGUAGAUGUCUACAGUUUUGGAGUCAUGGUCUUAGAAAUUGUGUGCGGGCGAAAAAAUUUGGAUCGAUUCCAGCCUGAGGAAGAUAAGCAUUUAUUAUGUCUUUUUCAAAGAAAAGCAAGAGGAGGACAACUUUCAGAUAUGGUUGACAAGUGCAGUGAGGAUAUGCAGUUGCAUGGACCUGAGAUUGUGGAGACGAUGAGGCUAGCUGACUGGUGCUUACAGAGUGAUUUUAAGAGGAGGCCUUAUAUGUCAACUGUGGUUAAGGUCUUGGAGGGUUAUGUGGAUGUUGAAAGCGACUUGGAUUAUAACUUUGUUGGUCAACAUUUAUCAAGAACAACUGCAACCAUUUGUGAAAAGGAGGACGUUGUUCGUGCUGCUACACCACUUCUGCCAUCAGUUUUAUCUGGACCAAGGUGAAGAAAAGAUAUUAAAGACAUUCUAUGGAAGAACAAAGCUGCAUUGAGUAUAACAUUUGGCUGAUUUUUUAGAAGUAACUAAUAGACAUGCACCCACCCACCUACCCACACACACACACAGGUAUAUAUAUAUAGUUGUGGAUUAUGUUCACAAAUUACUGUGUUGGAAUAUUAGGGGUACGUUAUC